UAGCAAACGGGGUUGCUAAUGGGGUAAGCAACUCCCUCAAAAGGCCUUUCUUUAGCUUCCUAGUGGGCACCAUUGUUAGCAUCUGUCUGCUAGAUUCUGUGAAAAAAAGGAGAAAUAGAAUAAAAUCGCCAAAUUCUCAGCAUUUCAUCAAAAUGGGAAGUGUGGAAGCUGACGAAUCUGCCUUAGAAGAAAAUGGCAUCAAUUCCCCCAUUGAAAGAACAAACUCCGAAGACACCCUAGAUAGUCCAACGGUCCCGGAGCUUGAAAUCCCAGGCCCGGUGCAGGACAUCAUCUAUCGGAUUGAGCAAGCACAGGCCUCCCGGGUCAGAGAGGAUACUAAAACACAGAUGAUCGACAUAAUGAGCAACGUGCAUCAAAUCAUGACCCGCUACUCUGUUGAUUUUGACUUGUCCUUGGGAAGGAGUAACUUCCUUACAGAACGUAUGAAAAAGCAAAGAACGACGUUUUUGGAGAGAAUGGCUACUUAUGCUAAGAAUGUCGAAAGCAGAGAAAAGACGCUUGCCUACAUUUUGGCCUGGUUAGAAGAAUGGAAUUCCAUCUUAUCGGAGAUAACUGUAUUUGAUAUUGAUGAACACUACCACUGGAUAGUACAAAUGGAGAUGUUUCCAGACACACUGAGAGCCGUUGAGAACAACAUCAAUAUACUAUGCAGCAUGAGUUCCACGUUCCUGAAAGACAAGAAGACUCAAAAGAAAAAAUCAGUGUCUAGAGCAGCUCUAUGGAAAUCCUGGAAAGACAGGUUGGUAAAGAGACCUGCAACAGCCUAUGCAUUAAGACCAGAUCAAAUGAUUACUAAUCAAUUUGCAACAAAUAGCAAGGUUUUAGAAAUUCAAAAUAUGCUGCAGGAACUCACAGGGACUACAAUAUUCAAUAAAUUGGAAAACACAGCUAUCAAAUACAUUUCAUCAACAAUACUCAAUCUUUCUAAAGCCUUGAGUACUGUAGUCGAGCAAUUAAAUAUUGCUAACAUUGUAGGUGACAGUAUGUUUUAUGAGAAAUAUGAAACAGAAAAAGAACUCUCCCGAAGAAUGAUUUAUGACCUUAGUGAGCAAAAUGAGAAGCUUCAACAAAACUUACAAGAUACACAAGAAAAGUAUGAAUACUUAAUUAGAUUCAAAAGCAUUACAGAUCAAUAUGCAUCACUUCCGACACCCAUGAUUAACAUCAAAACUGAAGACACAGAGGACAGUUUGGACACUACUUUAGCCAAAGAAUUUGACAAUACACUAUUUAAGUCUCCUUCGAAAAAGAUCAAAGCUUCUGAGACAAAGUGGGACUCUACUCUUUUAUAUAAAGCUGGAAUGAUCCCAGAGUUAUCUGAAGAGCCAGACCCACAAUCUGAAAAAAAGGGAAAAAAAGCUGCUGGUCCUUCUAAAACGCCCACGGGAAGUAAAGAAGGGCAGAGAGGGGCUGUUUAUUCAUAUGGCAUGACUGGCCAAUAUCAACCUGUGAAAACAGAACACACAAAAGGUCCACACACCCAAGACCACGCUGGAUCAAAUACAAGCAAGCAAGACAGUGAAGAGAAACUGACUGAAGCCCAAACUAAUCAAUACUCUGAGCUAGAAGAAAUAGAGAAGGGAACAGAAGGAAUAAAAACAAAGACAUCAUCUGAACCAGGAAUCCAGCAUCUCCCUUUCAGCGAAGCUAAAAACCAACAUGUCAAAGGUAGAACAUCUUACAAGGCAGAGCAGGCCAGGAAAUUUAAAACUGAAUCUCCCUUGAGAAAGGGGCUUAAUUUAUCGGACCUAAAAGAGCCCCCCAUUGAGUCAACAAACAAAUGGACUAGGGACCUAACAGAUCCAUCGAGUAUGGCUCAAGUGAAACAAACAUCAAUGUCACAGAAAGCUGAAGUUCAAGGAAAGACACAGGACAUCCCCUUAACAACGGACAGAAGCAGAGUAGGGAGAAGAGACCAUGAGGAAAGUCCAGCCUUCAGCAAACAACCCAAGUCUCCUCAACUUGAGAAAUCACGCACAAAUAUCCAGAAAGAUUCUUCAGAAACUGAAAGGGCAUUAGCAACUCCAGAGGUCAAAGGUGAACAGAGUAACAUGGAAUCAUUUCAGAAAGCCUUAAUGGAUUUCCUUAAAGAGAAAAUUAACAACAUAGACAAGCCUGUUGAUGAAAACACCAUGCCAAGGAAGGAGAGCUUACUGAAAAGGGCAGAAAUGGAAAACUUUGAAACAAUAAAAGCAAAGAUGGAUGAAUACUUCCAAAAAAUGGCUGAGAUUGUGAUUCAAAUGGUGAGGAAAUUCAAAGUUGCAAAAAACGAAGGGGAUAUUGGAGAGAAACCCAGGAUGCAAAAAAAGGCAGUUUCAUUCAUGCCGGUACUGCAUGAUCAGAAGUCAUCAACUACUGCCAAGUCUGAAAUCAGCCGUUUCCUCUCAAAUGAAAAUUUAGACCCAGUAAUGAAAAAUGUAAUAGAAAUGAUCUUGACUGAAAUAGAAAGUGAGGGAGAUGCUCCAACAGUCUCAACAGUAAGAAAAGAAUAUGAGAAAGCAAAGCCCAAACAGGAUGAAUAUGGACAAGAGGGUCAAGACAAAAUGCAAGACAAAUCUAGUCUCCAGAAGGAAGCUCAUAUGAUGACAGAGGCACAGAAGACAACAGCGAAAGAGCAAGGGAUGCUCUUCCAAAGAGAGAAGGAAGGGAAGCUGAGCCUGGAUCUGAAGGCCUCAACACCAGAAGCCCUUUACAUCUACCCACAGCCCCUUGCAGAGCACAAAACUCACACUCCUCAGCUUUUCCAGGUCAUGGAUGUACCUCUGACCCAUAAGCAGGCCCCAGCCACAAAGACUUCUCAGCAGGCCAAUGCCCAGAGGACAACUCUGAUUCAUCAUCAGACCCAGGCCCCGGCAGUCACUCAAAUCCCUCAGCAGGCCCAGGCCCUGGCAACCACUCUGACCCCUCAGCAGGCCCAGAUGCUGGGGACAACACUGACCCCUCAGCAGGCCCAGGCCCUGGCGACCACUCUGAUCGCUCAGCAGGCCCAGGCUACCACUCAAAUCCCCCAGCAGGCCCAGGCUACCACUCAAAUCCCUCAGCAGGCCCAGGCCUUGGUGACUACUCUGACCCCUCAGCAGACCCAGAUGCUGGGGACAAGACUAACCUCCCAGCAGGCCCAGGUCCUGGAGACAACUUUGACUUCUCAAGAAUCCCAGGCCCUGGGGACAACUCUGACCCCUCAACAGGCCCAGAUCCUGGGGAUAACUUCAAUCACUCAGGAAGCCAAGCCUUUGAGAAUUCUGACCUCCCAGCAGGCCCAGGCUUUGGGGACUACUCUGACCCCUCAACAGACUGAGGCCCUGAACAUAACAAUGAUUACUCAGCAGGCAAAGGCCUUGGGGACCCUGACCCCUCACUAUACCCUGAGUCAGGGGAUUCAUCUUAACCCUGAAACGGUCUGGAAUUCACAUAUGGCACUCAAACAAGAAAAUGACCAGGCUUGGCUGCCUCCUCUAACCUUGGAACCAGAUCUAGCACUGACAGCCCCUACUCCCCUUCAGGACACCCCGGCAGUAAAGGCAGCUGGCACUUCUGAACAGAUCCAGGCAAUGCAAAUCUCAUCCAACAUGCAACAGGCUUGGGUAUUUGGCGUUCCUAGCACUGAAGAACAUAUUGAGCUCACCCAGGCAACUGGAGCCACCCCUUCUCCUAAUCUGGUUCAGGAGAUGGAGCUACCAUUCACUUCUAUGCAGGCCCAGUCAUUAGGGGUGUCUCCCACUCCUGAGCAGUCACCAAUAUCUGGGACUCCUCCUAUUCCAGGGCAGCCCCUUGAACUGGAAGCUCUUAGCGCUAGGCAGUUAUUUCUGCCUAAGAGCCCUCAAACUGCCUGGCUACCUCCAGUAUUGGAAGGCCCUCCUACACCCAGGUGGCCUAUAACAUCUGAAAUGAUGUCCAUCUCUGCAAAGAUACCAAGUGUCUGGCAUCCUCUCACACCUGGGAAGUCUCUCCCUGGAGAGUUCAUGGAGUCCAGACUCUUAACCAUCUCUGGAAAGUCCCUGGAACACCAACCUGCCCCCAUAGAACAGUCCCCCUCUCCCCCAGCCCCGAACACCCUUGGGCAGCAACUGACCCCACUGAUCCUCCCUGAGGAUGCUUCCCCACCAUGGAUCCAUCCCACUCCUGGCCAUCCUUCCAGACUCUGGACCCCUUCAGCUACUGGAAUGUCCCAACAAGGUGUUCUGUCUUCUGACAAGAAGAAAAGAUGGGCAACUAUUUCUACUCUGAAAGCUCAGUCUUUGAUCCAACCCAGUACCCCAGUUUUGAAGACAGGUCAAGCUCCAUUCACCAUUAACAAGAUCCAACUGCCAGAGAUCUUUGACACCCCAGAUGAACCCCAAACACCUCGAGAUCCCUCAUCCAUGGAACUACUUAAGGCAGUUGAGCCCCAUCUCACAAGUGACAGCCCCCCAGACCCGCAGACCCCUCAUACUAAUGAGGAGAUCCUGCACACACUGCAGAAGGCCAGGAAAUCGCUGCCUUCCCUGACUCCUCAGUUACUGGUAACAUCACAGAAGCCACAAUGGGACCAGAAAUCAUGGUCUCCCUCUAUAGAAAAGCCGUGGAUGACAGCUUCAUGUUCAGAUACCAACAAAGACAACAUGGUGGGGCCUCCUUCUCCCCAAGAACUUGAAGGAAAGACAUAUUUUGUUGAUGUGUCAGCUCAGAGAAAGAACUUGAUACUGUUAAAUCAGGCCAUGGGAACUUCUGCACUUCCUUCCCACUUACACAUGAUAGCUAGGAAUCUCAUCAUUGAGACGCUACAUACAGACGCAGUUCGGCUGGGAUACCUGUUACACAAGUACGUUGCCUACAGGCUGAUCCAGCGUGUGAGAAACAAUAUAAUCUAUCAAAUAAAAGCCAUCCAAUACACUGGUAAAGGAUAUGAAACCCAGAAACUCUAUGUCAUGCUGAGCAGAAUUGACGACUAUCAGAAAAAGAUGAUGUAUACCUGGACUGAGAGGCAGAAGUUUCUAGAAGAGAAACGAAAUCAGUGCCUGAGGAAAAUGAUAUCCUUAUUUACCCAGUUACAAGAGAUAUACAAAUUGAAUCUUAGUCAACCCAUCCCUUUGACAAUCAAUAAAAAGGAGAUGCCUGCCUCUACUGAGUUUGUUCAACAAACAUUCCAGAAGUUGUCAAUAGAAGAAGACAGACAAUCUGUCAAGAAAAUUAGAUGCCAAGAAGACCAGACUGAUGCCAUCUGGGAAACUGAUUUAUCUAUAUCCAGCUACCCAAUAGUAGAGAAGACACCAAUAAAUGUGCCCUGGGACCAGCUGGGUGGGUACCCAGAUGUUCCUAGGCUGCUCCAGUUAGAUGUCCAGUCUACCUUCAGAAAAUCUCUUGCAUCCAUUAAAACACGGUCAGUACUAGCAGCACCCUGGUAACUGGGCCUUUUGUCACAUCUCG